CUGCAUUCGCCCUCCUCCCUGUCCUCCCCUGCUCCUCCCUUCCCCGAAGCGUUGCCGCACGGCACGGGUGUGCGGUGCCGCACAGGCUGGACGGCCGCCACGGAACACCCAACGCCGGGACGGCCGCUGCACCGAGGCCGCCGGAGAUGACGCGGGAGGACGGGGACCCGGCGAGGCAGAGGGGACAGCGGGCCAACGGCGAGGUCAGCGGUGCCCCCCACCCCGGGGGGACAGGGGAUCCCCCACGCCAAGGCACGCCGGCUCCCGACAGCAGCAGGAUGAAGGUGAUGGCAGAGGGACGGGAGACGGGGCCAGCGCUGGGUGACGGGGACGUGACCCCCCGGGGGGCCCCGCAGCGAGCAGGGCAGCGCGGGGAAGCCCUGAUGGCCGAGCUCUCGGAGCUGGUGCGGAAGGUGGUGAAGAGCAGCAGCUGGUGGGAGCGGCACGGCGUGGACAUCAGCAUCCUCGCCUGCAGCUUCCUCCUGCUCCCGGCAGGGUUCCUGUGCCUGCGGUCAGCCCAGGCCAUCCCUUUCCUGGUGGGCGUCCUCACCCUCGGCGUGGUGCAUCACACCCUGACCGUGAAGGGCAGCCACCUGGCCAGCCACAACGCCUUGACUGAGUCCAAGUCCUGGGGCAAAGUGUGGGCCAUCUUCUUCAUUGAGCUCUGCUCAGCUUUCACAGCCGAGCAGGCCACCUACAACCACGUGAAGAUGCACCACGGCUACACCAACGUCAUUGGCCUGGGGGACUCCAGCACCUGGAAGCUUCCCUUCCUGAACCGCUAUGUCUACAUGUUCCUCGCGCCUCUCGCCGUGCCCAUCCUGACCCCCCUGGUUGCACUUGGUUUGUUGAGGAAUGUGGAGUGGAAAGUAGCUCUCCGGACGCUCUGCUGCAUGUUCCUGGGUCUUUUCUGCCACUACUGGCUGUUGGUCCACGUCUCGGGCUUCCAGUCGCUGUGGUCAGCCCUGCUCUGCAUGCUGCUCACCCGCUCUCUCCUGGCCCAUCCCUACAUCCACGUCAACAUAUUCCAGCACAUUGGCCUUCCCAUGUUCGCAGCCGAUCGGAAACCCAAGCGGAUCCACCUCAUGAGCCUGGGCGUCCUCAACCUGCCCCGCAACAUCCUGCUGGACUGGUCCUUCGGCCACUCGCUCAUCAGCUGCCACGUGGAGCACCACCUCUUCCCCAGCCUCUCCGACAACAUGUGCCUCAAGAUCAAACCCAUUGUCUCCCAGUACCUGAAGCAGAAGAAGCUGCCAUACAACGAGGACACCUACGCCUCCAGGCUCUGGCUCUUCCUGCAGAGAUACGAGGAGCUGAUGGUCCACGCUCCCCCCAUAACGGAGCUGGUGGGCAUCCAGUGAGGACACAGGG